AAAAGGCUAGGUAGAAAUAAUAACUGCACGAAGGAUUAUUCAGGUCCUUCGAUCGCAUCCGUCGACUUGGCCUUGAUUCAGACCCGACGGUUGCAGGCCGUCCAACGGCUGCCGACCGAGCAGAACUUAAUCCAACCUCCGCGGCAUCCCAUUUCGAGCUCGAUUCGUAGAAAAAAACCUAAUUUUACGAUCAUCCGAUUUUUAGCUCGGCUGGUCAGCAGCGUCAGCUUUUUUUCUAUUUUUGUUUAACUCAAAAGGCAGGUCGGCUGGUGAGCAGCAUCGGCGCCAUGGCAGCAGCGGGGACGCAGAUCAUCGAGUCGGGUCACGCGGACGCGAUUCACGACGUGCAGAUGGACUACUACGGCAAGCGACUGGCGACGGCGUCGUCCGAUCGCUCGAUUCGCAUCUUCGCCGUCGCAGGCGACCACCACUCGCACCUCGCGGAUCUGAUUGCUCACGAGGGACCCGUUUGGCAGGUGGCCUGGGCUCACCCCAAGUUCGGGUCGAUCCUCGCGUCGUGCUCGUACGACCGCAAAGUGAUCAUUUGGAAAGAGACCAGCGAGAACCAGUGGAUCAAGGCGCAGGUGUUUUCGGAUCACGAGGGGUCGGUCAACAGCAUCAGCUGGGCGCCUCACGAGUACGGGCUGGUCCUCGCAUGCGCCUCGUCCGACGGCUCCAUCUCCAUCCUCACCCACCGCGCCGACGGUGGCUGGGACGCGUCCCGUAUCCCCCAAGCCCAUCCUGUGGGGGUCACUUCCGUCUCCUGGGCUCCUGCCUCCAUUCCCGGGGGUUUUCUGGGGACUGGCCCGAAUCCCGUGCUGCGGUUUGUGUCGGGCGGGUGCGACAAUAUGGUGAAGAUUUGGCGGUAUUCGAGCGAGGGAGGGGGAGGGUGGAGGCUGGACGGCGCACCGCCCGGCUUGGCUCGGCACACGGAUUGGGUUCGGGAUGUAGCUUGGGCACCGAACCUGGGCCUGCCGAGGAGUACAAUCGCCAGUGCCUCACAGGAUGGCACUGUACUGAUCUGGACCCAGCCCAGCGAGGCAGACCCUUGGAAACCGCUGCUGCUGCAAGACUUCAAGGUGCCUGUAUGGAGGGUCAGCUGGUCCCUGACAGGAAACAUUCUCGCUGUAUCGGAUGCAAAUAACAAUGUGUCGCUCUGGAAGGAGGCUGCGGACGGCCAAUGGUCGCAAGUCUCCACUAUCCAACAACCAUAGAGAAGAUACUCAUAUUACCGUAGCAUCCAAACAAGAUUGAGUUGAUAGUUUGUCAAGGGAUGAAGAACUUAAUUUACAUUUUCAAAUAGUCUUAACAUUCUCACUAUGAUAAGAAUAGGAACGUAAUGUC